UGUCGAGUAGCGAGCGCACUGAGCGCAGGCUUCAAAUUAUUUAUCAAACGUUUUUCCAUUUCAAAUUUUCGAAUAUUUACAUCGAAAUAAAAAGAAAAAGUUUUUCCAUUUAUCGGCGUUUACUAGUCGUUCAUUAUUCAUUACUUUGACGGUUGUCCACCAAUAAAACAAUGAAAACUGUUACAGAAAAUAAUCGAAACAUUUCGGACAAGAUGUCAAUCAAAAAAGGUACCAGAAAAUUCUUGCAAACAUUGCAGCCGUCUGGUGGCGACAAAGAAAAUUUGGUUGGGACAGGCAGAUUUCAUGAAAACAAUCCUGAUCCAAAAAUAUUGAAGCCACAACUUAAGACUGAAGUAGAAGUUAAAUCGAAGGAAAAACAGUCUAUAAUUGAAAAAAUAAAUCCAUCCCUCUAUAAAAAGUUAAUUAUUGAAGAUCUCACUAGCACUGCUGGUCCUAGUGAAAAAUAUUGGGAAGUUAUUGCAGAACGGCGCAGAAAGGCUUUGGAAGAAGUUCUUGACCAAAAUCGUAAAUUACAUUCCGUAAUUAUGGCAUUGGAAGAAGAGAAUGCAUCUUGCAAAAAAUUACUUGAGCAAACAACUGAUCUCGUUAACACAUUAAAGGAAGUAUUAAAUGAAGAUGAUAAACAAGCUGAGGAUGAUGAUGAUGUAAAUUUGUUAGUCGACUCAAAGCAAUCAAACAGCAACAAUGAUUUUUCCUGCAGUGAAUCUGAUUAAAUUCUUUUUAUAUUUAACAAAUCAUUCAUUUUUACCUGUUAUUUAACUGAUUUUUUUUUUUUUUGUUCCU